AAACAGAGGGAUUUCCCUGCUCCACCCAGCUGCAGCCGUGCCGUGCCUCCCUCUCGUCAGGAAUACCAAAGAACUGGUUUCUCCUUCCUGAACAGACACACGGGCUCACAACACACAGGCUCACAUACGCACACAUGCAGAAAUGAUCUCUGCCUGACAGUAAAAUAACACCCCUCCCCAGUUUGCUCUGCUGCCAGCUGUUUUCAGUCAGGCAGUCGGGCCUGCAGUGGAGAGGAGGAGCAGACAGGCCGGAGUCAUGAUCCGGCAUCUGGAGCUCGCCGCCCUCGGUCUGGCCUUCAUCGGGUGGCUCUGUGCCACGAUAACACGCUGCCAGGCGCUCUGGAAGGUCAGUGGCACCCUGGACAACAACACAGCGACUCUACCUGCCUACUGGGACGGGGUGUGGCUAGAGUGGGAUCACUGGGACCUGGCACACGAUGGCAGCCUGCACUGCUCGUUCUACCAGUCACUCAUGACUCUUUCUGGGAGUUUUCGGACAUGGAGGGCCCUCAUCAACGCCGCCAUCGGGACAGGGGCUUUAGCUGUGUUGGUCUGUGGCGUAGGAGCAGUGUGGUUCCCAACACGAGGCCAGGUUAAAGUGUCUUCUGGUGUUCUCUUUGUUUUGUCUGGGUUCCUGCUGCUGGUUCCCACAGCCUGGACGUGUCACCACAGCAGCCAGCCACUGGAGGGUGCUGUGCUGCUGAGAAGAGACUGGGGACCCGCUCUGUACUUUGGAUGGAUCUCCUUUGCUUUGAUGACAGUCGGAGGGUUGUUUCUCACCACGAGAUGCCCCACUGCGCCUGCCCCUCAGCAGCCUGCAGAGGACAGGUAUCCACACUCAGAGGACGAGUCCAGUCAUCCUCUGAGCAGAAUCAACAGAGCUGUGUUCACAAACAGUCAGUGUGAGCGCAGGUCAGAACAACCCAUCUGAGGGGGACGGUGAAAGGUUUUGACGGCUGUGGAAAGCUUAAACAACAGAAGUGAAACUCUCUGCAUGUUGAGCGAUGAUACACUGGUGAAUCUACGCAUGAACUGACCAAUAGAUGCUAUUUGAAUUAGUUUUAUUAAAGCUAACACAUUAUAUAUAUAUAUGUUGGAAACCCUAAGUUUAACAUUCAAUUCUUAUUCACCUGAAAACAUCAGCACUGUAAAGAUCUACUGAAGAGUUUGGUUUACUCAUUGUUGGGUUGAUCCAUUUAGGGAAAAUAUAUUAUUGGGAUUUUUGUGACAGACGUUGAAAUUUGUGAUGUUUUUUUUAAAUUCAAGCUGCCGUUAAUUUAUAGAUUUCAAACACGAUGGAACGUAAACCACACGGGAUACCAACAAAAUAUUAACUUUUGUGAAGCAAGGACAAGACUUCUAAUUGUUCGUAUUGAUGUAUUACAUGGGGGAUGGGAUUUUAAAAAGAUUAAUCACUCAGCCCCACUCACUGCAGCUGAUAUUGUCUGAGACUGAAAUCACCACUGCCCCCGGCGCUCAUGAUAUAUUGUAAUGCCUGAAAUGUGAACGGGUAAACACUUCACCUGAAGCUACUUAAUAUACCUGUGUUGCACUUUCUUAGAGAAAUGCAGUUAAUGUGUUUGUUUGGUUUGUUGACAAUGAAAAAGUUUACACCCCAGAUGAGUUUCUCUGCACAAAGAACACUGGAAUAAAACUUUGAAAUUGAUCAUUUGUUUUAAAAAGCUUGUGCAAUACUUCACAAAGAAGUUAAAAGACGGACAAAGGAGAGAUAUUUUGAACCAUUUAUUUUUUCUGAAAGCAGAUAGACUAUUUUUUUGUAUUAAUCGUCAUUAUUUGGGAUUGCACAGAAACCCCACCCCAUACACAGUUGUAUUAUCCGGUCCCUGAUAGGUCUUAUUUUCACCAUCUUAUUCUCUUUGCCACUGAGAGACAGUUUUCUAGAAAAAAUACUUGAUCUACAACAUUAAGAAAUUGCUUUAUUUUUAAAGUGUAAACAUGUUCCAGCUGUAUCUGUUGUGUGUUUCAUGCAGGCACACUUGUUAUGACACAACGGCAGCUCUGGGGGAAAAGAACCCGUGUUCUUACAUGUGUCUUGUUCCUGCUGCAUCUUUACAACACUGACCAAACUGGAACCAAAAGUUGUUUAUUGUCUCUUCAAAAUAAUAAUAGAAAAAGAGGAUGUGAGAUGGACAGAAUGCAGUGAUUGUUACUGUAAAAUAUCAGAUAUUCAGCAGAUUUUACUGCAGAUUUACUUCAGUUCUGAGCAGGUAUUUACUCACUUUAACUUUUAAUUUUUCUAUUUCUGCUUUGAGUGACAACAAAAAUAAUUUCAGUUCAGUAAUCAAUCAUUUCUAAUUCAGACUUGAUUCUCCUGAAGUCUUAAAUUAGUCAGAUACUUCAAAUUAAGUUUGAGUAUACAGGAAAAAGCAAUGCUUUUUGUUGUUAUAUUGUGAUCUGAUAAAAAUAAAGUUCUCUGAUAGUU